GUCACUAAUAAAAGUGUAUUACGUUAGCUGGAUAUCGUGCGUUGUGCAUUUAUUCCCAUAAACGCUACGUUCUACACUACACGGAGUCCUGUCAGUCUGGCUUCCGUCCUGGACUCUUAUCCAGUCCACGGUUAUACAUCGUUUGAUAUGGCUUAUAAGCAGGGCGCAAUCCGGGGGAAACCGAGAAACGGCUGAAAAAGGCGCCGAUGGGGGAAUCGAACCCCGGCUACGUCGUUAGAUCCGCGUAGGCAGUACCACUGCACCACGGCGCAAUACGUUGAAAUCCUUUGAAAGACUUUAUCGCUGUACGUGAGCCGCUUCUCCGCUCACACCCCCUUUGCAGCUUUCGCUACGUCCUCGUAGCGAGACUAAGCGAUCCUUUAAGCGGCGGCUCCGGCUCACCGCAUCCUCUAUUCAUUUUAUCUUUUUAUUCGUUUUUGCUCUGUUCCUCCCGUUCGAGGUUAGCACACUGGUCUCAUAGGCGAAGUGGACGUACCGAACCACGAUCUGCUACCAUAUAAGCAGGGCGCAAUCCGGGGGAAACCGAGAAACGGCUGAAAAAGGCGCCGAUGGGGGAAUCGAACCCCGGCUACGUCGUUAGAUCCGCGUAGGCAGUACCACUGCACCACGGCGCAAUACGUUGAAAUCCUUUGAAAGACUUUAUCGCUGUACGUGAGCCGCUUCUCCGCUCACAGGCUCUUUGAAAAGGACUUUUAAAAUUACAAAAGUCAUAAAGCAUUAGGACGAGUGCUGUGUUUCGGUGUCUGGGGCGAAGGUGUCCCGAACAUAUCCCAGCCUGUCUAUGACUCAACUCUCGGUGUAAAACAUCGACAGUAUUUACUUGAGCAAUUAACUUUUUCGGCAUUAAAAAACCGAAGUAGUAUUUACAUAAUAUAUUAUGGUUGCAUAAUAAUAAUAAUUAUAUUUCUGUAGAAUUACCAUGUGCGCAGGCUUUGGUAAAAUAAUAUUUAUUAUUUUCCCUGGUUCAGGAUUAAGUGCUGCGACUCCGGAUAAAUGGCGGAUCCUGGUAGUGUCGAUGCCAUAACUAUCCCAUGCCCGUUGCUGCCGCAAAUUAAGGAUGCCAUCAAGUGUGCGAAGAAGAGAAAGCUGCGACCAUCUUUCUGCCGUAUAGUACAAUGGUUGAGGGUGCACCAGCAUUUGAAAAACAGCCAGACCGUGCGGUCUCAGCUGGAGACGGCUGUUCAACAGGGGCUGCUUUUCGUCGUAUACAGCCAAGGACUUCCGUGUUACAAGGACCCCGAUAGCCUCAAGAGUAUCCGCACCUACGCUGUCAAGACUGUCAAAAAUUUCCGCCGAGCGGUCGUGAUGUCGGUGAAGGAGAUCGGCGAUCCGGACGGCACCACCGCCGAAGUCAUCGUUCAAUACAUCCGCGCGACCUUUAAGGUGGACUUCGCCACUCUUCCAGAGAUGUUGCAGCCGGUCCUAGCCGAGCUGGUUCACGAAAGUUUGCUGGUGGAGCAGUCAUCUGGGCGCUACAAAUAUCCCGGUUAUUCCAGAACUAACGCUAAGGUUCUCAGGCGCGCGAAAAUGGUUAUCGAUCCCAUCACGAAAAUCCCAAGACCCCCGAAGCCCGGUAGAACAGCCCGACUGCUGCCGGACAGCAGCAGCAUCAACAACCGUGCCAAGCGACAGCGCUGUCGUCCGAAGCGAUGGAGUUCCGCCAUCAGCUCCGAGUCCGACACCACUGAAACUGUUCCACCGGAAAAGAAAAAACACAGCCCCCUCGGCAAACGCACCGAAACGGGGACGGCGUCGACAAUCACUAUUCGAAGUAGUACCGGAACACACGGUGGCCGAGUAACGAGAAGUCAGAUUUCGAAACUAAAUCAGAACGACUACGAGUGUGCCGCCUGCAACUUCAACACACGGACAAAGGCGGAUUUCUUGCAACACACUGAAAGUCCCGCCCACGGGGAAAAGGUCAGCGGGAAAAUGGUGCAGUGCAACGUGUGCCACUUCUGUUCACGGAAGGUGGACAAGAUGACGGAGCAUCUGCAGCGUCAUGGUUGCCAUGAGGGCAAAUCGAUACCAUGCGGUCUUCUGGCGUCCACCGUGGCUGGACUGCCUGCAUCGAAAUAGUUUUCACAAGUUUUCACCGAAAAAGGUAUUAGGCUAUCAUUGUUCAUUGCGGCAUUCAUAAUUUGUUCGCUAGUUGUUGUAAUAGUCAAUAGACAGUAAAUGUUAUAAGCCGCGACUCUGUUUUCGCAGCUUGGUUCUCUCGGACCCAGUAUCCGUACCCAUUGGGUAGACUCCUUUAAUAAGUAUCUUAUUUCGGAUACAAACUAAGUACCAUUCACAAAAUUUGUAACAGAAACACUUCCUUUAUGCUAUUACCAUACCGGUACUUUUCGAUCACAAUUUUUUUAACUGUCGGCACUGGCAAUUAUUUUCCGCAUACGAAAGUAAUAGCGC